CUGAAGCCAGCUGCACAGCAACACCGGAAGAUGCAGAUUUCAGGAAGAGUCCAGAGCUGCUGCGUUGCCCUAGUUUUCGCCUUGACUACUGCAUCUGCUGUGAAACAGCUCAAGUCAAUCCACGACUUAAAGAAAAUCAACUUUGGCCAAACGGUUCCAAAGCAUAGCCUUGUCCUACUCCACUGGUUUGCCAAUGUUGUUAACAUAGACAAUAACAAUAUCGUAAGGUUGACCUUCAAUCCAAACAGUGGAGAUUAUGGCUCACAUCACUACGGAAACUAUGAGGGGCUGCUGGAUCCACCUCCUCCUGGCCAACAAUACUACACUCUUGGCAACCUCAACCAAGGCUCAUCUGAACUUCCAGAUCACGUUGUCCAUUCUCAGGGAGAGUAUGCAGGUAGAAACCUGGAUCGGAUAAUACUGAGAGUCAGGAACCACAACACGGGAAGGCAACGUUUGCAGAGGGUAUACCAGGUGUACAUCACACAACAUUAUGCUGCGUCUGAGAAUCAUGGGACAAUGUAUGACCUGCAUAAUACCUACUGCAUCACAACUGAUCUUCUAAGACAAAUCCAGGAGUUUUCUGUGGGAACAGAUCAACAGCCGCUUUCGGCCCUCAGAGAUGACUUCCAAAGUAAUGCUGAUGAUGUCCAGUUAAGGCAUAUCAAACUCUCAUGGGGUGAACUUGCUUGUCUUGGACUGUUCUUGUUCAUUGUGAUUGAAGACAAAUACUGCCCUAAGAGAGCAAGCAAAGGACCUCAGCGCUCAGUGAGAAAUAACAUAGAGACGGAUUAUGCGAUUGAUAACAAAUACCACCCAAAGAGAGCAAGCACAGAACCACAGCGCUCAGUGAGAAAUAACAUACAGUCACAUUAUGUUGUUGAAAUUCCGGAACACUUAUUGUACAGUGAUGACGGCAUACAUCUACAGGUGACAACAGGCACAAAUGGGAAAGCCAGGAUUAUUUGGAGUGGAGUUCCACAACAUCGGUUGAAAAACGGAGCAAUGGUAGUACUUUUCAGAAACAACAAGGACAAUGAAGCAAGUAGUACCUAUAAGUACAUUAGUAACAAAGAAUCAGGUAGUUUUGAUACUUCGGUGCCACUAAAUGAUGGUCUUCAGGCCAGGCUACAUAAGGUGAGAAUAAAGUACUGCUUCUGGAAAGUGGUGGGAGAGGAAAUAUGCCGAGGUCCUGAGUUCAAGAAUCCCCAAACAGCAACAAACAUAGGAAGCUAUGGGGCAAAACUCCAGCUCUUUGUUAAAGAUGGUAAAGCUUGUGCCCGCCUGUUUGUCCAGAAAAUCUUUACAGAAUGGAGGUCAGAGUUUGUCAACUCUUGGGUUGGGUUUUAUACCUCUUCAGAUAAGGCCACAAAUGAGUACAGUUGGUGGCAGUGGCAAUGGGCUAUAAAAUUCAAACCCAACACUGAUGUGAAGGACUUCUUUUAUGAUGUCUAUGAUUUUCACUCCGAAUUAGCAAUUGCCCCUGGAGUCCAAGCAAGAUUCAUGCUGUCAAAUAAAGACGUUAGGGCAACAACAAUUUCAAGUUGGAGAUGAAUGCCAACUUGAUGUCAAUCCACAACAUUUAAAAUAAAAACAAAUCAUCUUGCGGGUACAGGGUUUGACAUAAUUUACUGUCACAUUUGCUGUGUAUAAUGAUGAGUAAAGCACUGAAUGAACUGCUGAGGAGCCAAAAAAAAAAACAACAACAAUACAAUCUCCAGCGUGGUUAAGAUUACACAAAUAUUUUUUUAAGAUGUAUUUUUCUGUUAAAUGUGUUUGAUGUUGAACAUAAAAUUUUAAAUCCACUGUA